UGCAUCCAUCAGUCCAUUAGUCCAUCUUUCCCUCUCUUCCUCUCUUUCUCCCCUUGUUCGUUUCAUCAGUCUCGUUCCUUCCUCCAAUUCUUCCUCCCACCUUGUCCUCUCGUUGGAGAACUGCUGUUCGCCUCUCUUUUUCACCUCGGCCUCGCUCCCUGCUUCUUCCCUGUCCUCCCCCACCGACACUUUGUUGGAGGCUGCUACUCCUGCUAUCUAGAUACCAAUCUACUAUCUACGACCACUAUCAACCUAUUCUCCACACCCCACUCCUUUUCCAUCUUCUCUCCAUUCCAGCGCAAUGGCUGCCGCGGCGAACUCUACCCCUGCGUCCGUCUUCCCCCGUAGUCAUGUCGGUUUCGACAGUAUCACUUCUCAGAUUGAGCGGAAGCUCUUGAAGCGUGGAUUUCAAUUUAAUGUGAUGUGCGUCGGACAAACCGGCUUAGGAAAGUCGACCUUGAUCAACACUAUCUUCGCGUCUCACCUGAUGGACUCCAAGGGUCGCCUGGCCCCCAACGAACCCGUUCGUUCGACUACUGAGAUCCAGACCGUCUCGCAUAUCAUUGAGGAGAAUGGCGUACGUCUCAGGCUAAACAUCGUCGACACCCCGGGUUAUGGCGAUCAGGUCAACAAUGACAGAUGCUGGGAUCCCAUUGUCAAGUACAUCAAGGAUCAACACUCCGCAUACCUCCGAAAGGAGCUCACUGCUCAGCGUGAUCGCUAUAUUCAAGAUACCCGCAUUCACUGCUGUCUCUUCUUCAUCCAGCCAUCUGGUCAUGCCCUCAAGCCAAUCGACAUCGUCGUCCUGAAGAAGCUUUCCGAUGUUGUCAACGUGGUUCCUGUCAUCGCUAAAGCCGACUCGCUUACCCUUGAGGAACGCCAGGCAUUCAAGGAAAGAAUCAAAGAGGAGUUUACCUUUCACAAUCUGAAAAUGUACCCCUACGACAACGAUGAGCUUGAUGAUGAAGAACGUGCAGUCAAUGCUCAAAUCAAGGACAUUAUUCCAUUCGCUGUAGUCGGCAGUGAACGCACGAUCGUUGUCAACGGCCAGCAGGUUCGUGGCCGCCAAAAUCGUUGGGGUGUUAUCAACGUUGAGGAUGAGAAUCACUGCGAAUUCGUCUAUCUCCGGAACUUCCUUACCCGCACCCACCUUCAGGAUCUUAUCGAGACAACAAGCCAGAUUCACUACGAGACAUUCCGUGCUAAGCAACUUCUGGCUCUCAAGGAGAGCAGUGCUGCUGGCGGCCAUCCUGGUAGCAGCAGGCCCAUUAGUCCCUCCGCGGACAGGGAGCUUAGCCGCAACUCGCAACGCAUGACCAUGAAUGGCUAUUAAUAGGGUUUAGAAGAUUGCUAGGCCUUGCUGCUUUGUGAAUCAGUCGUGGGCCUUGAGCCAAUUAGGGUGAAUUUUUUUUUUCUUUUAUUUCCUUAAUGUUUUAAUCUCAUAGCACCAACUUCUUCUCGGCAUACUUCUACAGAUAUCCUGUUUAACUUGACAAUUCCUUCAUCGUACACCUUGUCAUGCAACAUCUUUUGUGAGGGUUGGGUGACCUGACUAAUCGUCUAUUCCUUACGGAGUCGCCAUUGCAAAUUAAGUUAAAGCUUGCAACGAAGCGCUAAGCGUCUAUUGCCGUUUUCAUGUAUUUAGUUUUCUUGCCUCCAGUGAGAUGGAUAGUGUGGACCAGUGGUCAAUGCAUGAGAUAGGUAGCACUGUAAUCAUUCC